GAAUAAGAGGCACAGCGCUGUGUCAUUGGCCAGGGGGCGGGGUCAAGGGGAACUUCGAGCUGCCAUUGGUCAAGGGGGCGGGCACGAGAGGAGCUUUGCGCUACCAUUGGCCAGGGGGCGGGAAUAAGAGGCGCAGCGCGCUGCCAUUGGCCAGGGGGCGUGGCUAACGGCCUCCAAACCUUCUCGCCGCCAUUUUGGCCGGCCGCCCGGCGCCAUUUUGAAGCUCCGAAGGACCCCAAGGAGCAUGGGGCGCCUGCGGCAGUGCCUGCAGAGCGGGGAGUACGGCGAGCUGCGGGGAUGCCCCAUGCUGGAGGGAGAAUUCCUGCAGGUGACCCGCUCAGGUGACGCGGUGUCUUUCGUGACCGUGGGGGCGGCGGCGACGAGCCGCCAUGAGAGCGCUCCGGAGCUGCUGUUACUCGCCGCCGCCACUGGGGGGCGCAGGAGAGGCGACGUCCGUCUGCUGGCGUCAGUCACAGCCCCAUAGCGCCCCAUAGCGCC